AUGCCUCACAUACCGCCGACCAUUGAGCUUCUCGAGCACGCACAACUCCAGUAUAGAAGAAAGGAGUAUGUCAAAGCCAUAGACCUUCUCGAUCUGGCCAUCAAGCAUGAACCGUCACCAUCAGUGAAAUUGCUCGACACGCGCGCAGCAGUCUAUGAAAAGCUCGGCGAUCGCAAGUCUGCCCUCAAGGAUGCCCGGACUUGCAUCCGUGUCUUCGAGAAAGACCCUACUGGCUAUUUGAGAGCAGGCAAAGUGCUUCAGAUUAUGCAAAAGACUGAUGUCGCUCUGAGCAUUUACAAACAUGGGAUCAGCAANAAGGUUAAGAAUGUUGAGCUGCUUCAGAAAAUGCAUGACAAGCUUUUCCUGUCUCUUGGUCCCGACAAAGCUGCAGACCCCUUUGCCCAACUUCCUAUCGAAAUCGUCGAGAUGAUCCUGUCGUACCUCAACUUCCGACAAAUUGUUUACUGCACUCGGGUGUCGAAGCAGUGGAACGUUUUCAUCAACAGCCUGCCUGGCCUUUGGAUGAACUUGGACUUCUCGGAAGCCAAAAAGCCUGUCAGGUCUGCUUUCUUAAGUCAUUGUAUCAACACGUCCAAACGGAAAGUCAUUUCUGCCACCUUGAAGCAUGUCAAAGACAUGGAAAAGGUCAUCAAAGCUCUAGCCGGAAGUUGCACGGAGUUUAACUCGCUCCGUCUCGUCGAUGGCGGGUUGCAAGGAGAUAGUCUUGUCCACAACCUCAAGUCGGCCACCAAGCUGAAGAAGCUUACGCUUAGCGCUUCUGCAAGUAUUUCGUCACUGACUCUUCCCAGCCUUCUCCUAGGUUGUGAGAAUCUAGAAGAGUUUGAGUGCCGAGGGAUCAUACCCGGUAGUUUGAACCUGCAUUGGAAAGGCGAGUUUCCCAAGCUUCGUCGUCUGAAGUUGAUGAGAAACUUCCAGUCACCCAACCGCUCAAUGCAUAUUCUCCGAAUUGCCACACUCCUAACGCUGAUGCCAAACUUGCAAUCCCUUUCGCUGAACGACUGGGCGACACCCUACGACAUCCUAUCACUCAAGGAAGUAGCCAAACAGCUGAUCGAAUUGGAUAUGGCAUCCGACGUGUCUUCUGGUCCGGUCCCAUUCCCAUUCCGCGACCUUCCACAGACUCUUCGCGUACUGCGACUUGAUCUUGACAGACCUCUCAGUAGUGUCGUUCUGCUGAGCCCCAAAGACUUCUUCCUACCCAACCUUGAAGAGCUUGUCUGUUGUGGUGCGGACAUGGCCAGUCUCUUUCUGUCGGACCCUGAACUCAUCUCAAAAUACCCAGAUCCUGCGGAUAACAGGUUCCUCAAGCAGUCCAAUCUGUCUAAGCUCCACACACUACAUGUGCAAUGUACAGGCGCAGCGCAACCGGUGACCUCGCUUCUUGCUCUUNNCCCUCGUCUGGAACGCCUGCGCAGUCUGCGGUUGACGCACAAUUCCAACGUCAACGAUGAAGUGGCGAAGCAUAUCGCUACCAACAUGAAGCAGUUACAAGACAUUGAUUUGUCCUCGACGAUGAUCACGGGUGCGGGCGUGCGCAUUCUUGUGGAUGGCCUCAAGUCAUCUCUGAGGACACUCAGAUUCGUCAACGUCUGGCAUUGCAGUCCAGAUGCACCAGAAUGGGCGAGAGAGCAGGGUAUACGGGUGCAGUACUCGCAGAACGCCGAUGCCAAACUAAAAGGACGCAAGAUGCGUCACGAAUGA